GAUUUUGCUCCACCAACUUUGCGUCUCAUGAUUCCUUCCAUGACGAACAAAACAUGUCUUCCUUUACUCUUCCCUUGCCCACCACCUACUUUCCCUUCCUCUCUCUCUCCUCCUCCUUCUCAUAAAUCCAAAAUCACACACUUAAGAGCUGAUGAUUGAUUUCAGAUCAUGGGUUCUUCUUUCCUGAACACCCCAUAUAAUCCAUGGACGCCUGCAGAUGCUGUUCUUCGAGAUUGUUCUCAAGGAAUCUGCAGCUUCUAUUGCCCUCAAUGGUGCUCCGUCAUUUAUCCUCCUCCUCCUUCACCUUCCCUCACGGCCAUCGGAGUUGCCGCCACCGCGGGUGACGAAGACUCUUCUUCUUCUUCAUUCCGGCUUUCUCCCCUCAUAGUCGCUCUCAUCGGCAUCCUAGCAAGUGCUUUCGUCUUAAUCACUUACUACACCAUCAUCUCUCGAUUCUGCACAAGACGAAAUCGAAUUCACCAAAACGACACCAACCAAUGGGUAAACGACAAUGACGAGUCUGCGAUUCAAGCCUCCUCUUCUUCCGCCAAUACCGGCGGCUUAGACGAAGCCAUCAUCAGAUCAAUCACAGUCCGUAAGUACAAGAAAGGAGAUGGAUUAGUCGAAGGUACCGAUUGCUCUGUGUGUCUCAGCGAAUUUCAAGAUUGCGAGAGCUUGAGAUUGUUACCUAAAUGCAACCACGCGUUUCAUCUUCCUUGUAUCGACACUUGGUUGAGAUCGCAUUCGAGUUGUCCUCUAUGCAGAUCCAAUAUCGUCAUAUCCAACACUUGCUCGUCGUCUUCUUCUGGUAAUUUACCGAAUCAAAGAGAGAAUUCUCAGUCCCAGGAGGCUUCGCGAACACACAGCGUGAAUGUAUCUGCGUUGGAAUACCAGUACAGGAACGAUACAGUGAUAGUGAUUCAGGGUUCUGAACAGGAAAUUCAGGUCGGUUUUGCAGGGAAUUUGGCGGAGAGGAAUGGGAAUGAAUCCAAUCAGGGAAGACUGUUGUUGGUUGCUGAUAUAUUGAGGAGCAGUGAAGAUGAUGACGAUGAGGACGAAGAAGUCGAGAUUGGAAUAUCGUCGAAAGAAAAUGGGAAAGAAGAGAAGAGGAAAGUGCGAUCGGAAUGAAAGUGAUUUGAUUCGUUUUCCUGGAAAAUUCGUGUUCACAAGAGAUCCGAACCUGGAGAGUUAUCAAUUCCCAAAUCAAAUGGUAACAUCUUUCAUAUUCUUUCUUAACAACAUCAUCGUUCUGACGAAUUAUGAUGGUCUAAUCCUGACAGCUAGUAUUGAUUCCGUAUUUGUCUGAAACUUUUUAUUGGCAGAAAUUUUUAUUCUCUCCCUCGUC